AUGGUAAGAAUGUUUUUUCAUUACCUUUGUUAUUUUGUAUUCAUAUUCUAAUGUGACACUGGGGGUCUGAGAAAUGUACUGUUUAUGUGUGCUUAUUUGGCAUACUAUUAUACAGUAUUUGACAAUUUUUUUGUCUCAAGUGUUUUUAAAUGACAAGCUUUAGUACAUAGUGAACAUGUACAACCAUCAUAUUUUCUGAAUGUAGACCUAAAGCAGUGCAAGGUACAUACACAGUACUUGAGCAUAUAUGUAAAGAUAACUGAGGAAAUCUAUACACAGAGAGAGGAAAAUGCCUCCAGCACAAUGAAUAUCUUGGAUAUUGAUGACGACAUGUACGUCAAGUCCAGAACAAGAGAUGGCUUUCAAUAUUCAGGUAUCAACGCACACAAACACACACACACACACACAGUGUCAGUGUUUGAGUCUCAUGGGGGUGGGGUUGUGUUGAAAGCUAAUAAUGCAUUUCUGUGAUAUAAAAUUAAAUUAAACAAUAAAUGUUGGUGCAAAGAUUGUAUGAAAAUAUCUUGUGAUUCAGUAUAUUUUCAGUGGUGGAAGAGAACAUUCGGAGUUGCUGCAUUGUGUCUUGGAUUGUUGUGUAUUCUCCUACUGGCUGGGAUCAUAGGCCUGUGUGUACACUGUAAGUUUAGUGUGUUUUUACUGAAGCAUUCUUAAUAAUCAGUGACAUAAUCAUUGAUUAAUAUUUUAACUGUUCCCUUAGUCACUGGUCAGCAUUACUGUGACGAAAGAGACCAGUUACAGACCAGCUACAACAACCUGACUAAAGAGAGAGACCAGCUACAGAGGGAGACAGAAAUGCUGAACAACAAGAUCAAAGGUACAAUUUAACCCACACUUCAAUAGAAUUCAUGCUUUGUUUUUGAUGUAACUUCACUAGAAAGUAAUUUUCAAUGAAGAACAAUUGUGUGACUUCCUUCCGCUCUUUAAAAGUAUGUUUGUGGUAGUUGAAGUUUAAAACAUUUUACUUAAGUGAAGCAGUGAAAUAUAGUCAAAGUUAAAUAUAUUAAAAUAUCUGGUCUUAUUACUUUGAUAGACUAUUAUAUCAACCUUAUUACUUUGGAGUGUGGGGCAGUUAGAUUACAUCUUUCAUCACAAAUAACUACAUUCCAAAUAAUACACUUUUACUUAUAAAGAAUUAUAAAUAUUUUUGGCUAUUAUUUGGGGAGAGAAAUAUGAUGUUGCUUAGUGGAAGUAGUUUAAACGUUUGUUAGUGGAAGAAUUGAGGCCGGUGUAGUGGAGGGAGUGACUGCUCGUUAAAUAGUUGAUAGUAGCCUUUUGCGGGAGACUAGGUAGUAGUAGUAAGUAGCCCAGAAGAACUAGUAGCAGUACAUUGCAAAAGUAACAGUGAAUGUUUUAGAUAGGUAGGCCAUGGGUCGCUAUUGUAGUUUGGUUAGUGAGUGUAGGUUUUGUUAUAGUGGGUUAGUUUAGUGGGUAGGGGUUAGUUGUGUGACAUAAUCAGUCUUAUGUGCUCCCGCAGUGCUAUAACUUGAUUGGUCAAAUAUAUUUCUGUUCUGAUUUCAGAUUUCAUAUGCUCUAAGUUUUUGUCCAAGUUGUUGGGAAAGUGGUCAACAUUUCAAAUGUUUGUAAAAGUUAAGAGAAAGCAGUUAAUGUUGUUACUAAAACAGCAGUAUCUCACGGUACAGGUACGCUAGCAUUUGCUACAGUACCUGUAGACUUACAGUCAUUUGACUAACGCUAGUUAGCAUUGGCUCGCGAAACUACCUCCAACUUCCUUCUGGACGCAGAGACAUAAAACUGGUUUCCAUGAGUUCAUCUGACUCUGGGGAAGUAGAAAAAGGGCUUCAUUCCCUUAAACAGUGUCAGAGGAGUAGCGUUCUAAAGAAUAAUGAGUCAGACAUAUUUAAAGUGAAACUAUUGCUGUCGCAAGCCACAAAAAUUAGCAUAACAUUUUAAGGACUCAAUGCCAACGAUACACAUUUUAAAUGCUACUGCACUUUAACCAUUCCAGCUACAAAUAUAAAAACAACUUAAAACAUUUCCAAAUCUUUAUAAAUUAUAACUAUUUAAAGUAGCAUAAAUUAGCAUUUACAUGAAAACACCCCCAACAGUAUUAGUAACUCUUGAACACUUCAAGCUACAGACACCAAAUCAAUGAUCACGUGUUCAGGAUAUAAAUCAAUCAAUCACUCAAUGAAUCAACCUACUUUUUCAAUAAUAACCAGUCACUACCAUUACUACUGCAGUCACUAUCACUACUAUAACUUAUUUCACAACCAUAAAUACAAGCUAGCAAGCAAACACAUUUAAAUUAGGAAAUGUACUUUUUCAAGUUUCUGUGUUCUCAGUUUGUCCUGAGGUAGCCUCCUCUACCUCCUUGGUGUCAGCUGGUGAAGUAUUCAGAGGGCCCUCAGUCAAUAGGGCCCUAGUCUUCAAAAAGUCCUGUCAACCACAGGCUACGCUUACAACAAUCAAACAGGUACUUUCUGUAUUCAAACAUUCUUCUCUAUGUCCGUGUAGUAAAUUUGGCGUUGAAUGGCGUGGCCGCUCAGUCAUCACUGUAUGGGAAUCGCGAAGCUUACGAUGCCAUUGAUGGGAAAAAAAGCACACACUAUGGAUCCUGCACUCACACUCAGAAAGACAGCAACCCGUGGUGGAGAGUGGACCUGCUGGAUGUGUACAGAGUAACAGCGGUCACCCUCACCAACAGAGGAGACUGCUGUCCUGAGAGGCUUGAUGGUGCUGAGAUCCGCAUCGGUAACUCACUGGAGGACAACGGCAUCAACAACCCCAGGUGACACAUAUAGACGUCUGUACAUUUUUAUGUCCUGUCUUGAAGGUAUUCCGAUACAUUGGUCUUCAUCCAUGCUUCUGUAGCUAUUCUGUGGCUAUAUAUAUUUAACAGAGUCAGAAUCUGUAUGGUACAUUGUAGAGCGUCUUAAUUCACUCUCAUUACAUCAUCUCUUUCUCUCUCCAUCUUUCUGACUCUCUCUCUCUCAGAUGUGUCGUCAUCUCCCACAUCCCAGCAGGAGAGGCCCAUACCUUCCAGUGUAAUGAGAUGGAGGGUCGAUACGUCGUUGUGGUCAUCCCCGGCAGGUCGGAAUGGCUCACUCUGUGUGAGUUGGAAGUAUAUGGUACUCCUGCAGGUAAUCAUCUGUAACUGUCUUCACUGUUCGCAUUCAUCAUCAAGUCAGGUUUACAUUACUUUUAUACACUGAGUGUACAGAACAUUAAGAACACCUGCUCUUUCCAUGACAUAGACUGACCAGGUGAAUCCAGGUGAAAGCCAUGGUCCUUUAUUUGAUGGCACGUGUUAAAUCCACUUCAAUCAGUGUAGUUGAAAGGGAAGAGACAGGUUACAGAAGGAUUGUUAAGCCUUCAGACAAUUGAGACAUGGAUUGUGUAUGUGUGACAUUCAGAGUGUGAAUGGGCAAGACAAAAUAUGUAAGUGCCUUUGAAAGGGGUAUGGUAUUAGGUGCCAGGCACACCGAUUUGUUUCAAGAACUGCGACGCUGCUGGGUUUAUCACGCUCAAUAGUUUCCCGUGUGUAUCAAGAAUGGUCCACCAUCCAAAGGACAUCCAGCCAACUUGACACAACAGUGGGAAACAUUGUAGUCAACAUGGGCCAGCAUCCCUGUGGGACCUUGUAGAGUCCAUGCUCCGAGGAAUUGAAGCUGUCCUGUCCUGAGGGGAGAAGGGAGUUGGGGGGUGGGGGGGUGCAACUCAGUAUUAAGAAGGUGUUCCUGAUGUUUUGUUCACUCACUGUAUAUUAGAACAUAGAUGGUCUGGAGGUAUAACUUCUGUUUUACUGUGUUGUUUUUACUGAAGCAUUCUAAAUCAUCGUAGUCCCGUGUAGCUCAGUUGGUAGAGCAUGGCGUUUGCAACGCCAGGGUUGUGGGUUCGAUUCCCACACGGGGGGGCCAGUAUGAAAAAAAUUAAAAUAAUGUAUGCACUCACUAACUGUAAGUCGCUCUGGAUAAGAGCGUCUGCUAAAUGACUAAAAUGUAAUCUUUGAUUAACUGUUUUACUGUUCCAUUAGUCACUGGUCAGCAUUCCUGUGCAGAGAGAGACCACCUACAGACCAGCUACAACAACCUGACUAAAGAGAGAGACCAGCUACAGAGGGAGAUAGAAAGGCUGAACAACAAAAUCAAAGGUAACAUUUCAAUUCACUGUACUAUUGGAAAGGACUGUCUGUAUCACAUAAUAUGCAUGUGACAAUUCUAUAUUAUUUUAAGUAAAUGUCAUAACUUUUUUGUUCAUUAGUUAAUUUGAAUCUUUCAAUAGAAUUUCCAUUUUUGUUCCCUUACAUGUUGUAUUUCUACUGACUCUGUAACUAGAAAGUAAUUUUCCAUGCUAAAAAAUUGUGUGACUUGCUUCCGCUCUUUAAAAGUAUGUUUGUGGUAGUUGAAGUUUAAAACAUUUUACUUAAGUGAAGCAGUGAAAUAUAGUCAAAGUUAAAUAUAUUAAAAUAUCUGGUCUUAUUACUUUGAUAGACUAUUAUAUCAACCUUAUUACUUUGGAGUGUGGGGCAGUUAGAUUACAUCUUUCAUCGCUAAUAACUACAUUCCGAAUAAUACACUUUUACUUAUAAAGAAUUAUAAAUAUUUUUGGCUAUUAUUUGGGGAGAGAAAUAUGAUGUUGCUUAGUGGAAGUAGUUUAAACGUUUGUUAGUGGAAGAAUUGAGGCCGGUGUAGUGGAGGGAGUGACUGCUUGAUAAAUAGUUGAUAGUAGCCUUUUGCGGGAGACUAGGUAGUAGUAGUAAGUAGCCCAGAAGAACUAGUAGCAGUACAUUGCAAAAGCAAUAGUGAAUGUUUUAGACAGGUAGGCCAUGGGUCGCUAUUGUAGUUUGGUUAGUGAGUGUAGGUUUUGUUAUAGUGGGUUAGUUUAGUGGGUAGGGGUUAGUUGUGUGACAUAAUCAGUCUUAUGUGCUCCCGCAGUGCUAUAACUUGAUUGGUAGAAUAUAUUUCUGUUCUGAUUUCAGAUUUCAUAUGCUCUAAGUUUUUGUCCAAGUUGUUGGGAAAGUGGUCAACAUUUCAAAUGUUUGUAAAAGUUAAGAGAAAGCAGUUGAUGUGGUUACUAAAACAGCAGUAUCUCAAGGUACAGGUACGCUAGCAUUUGCUACAGUACCUGUAGACUUACAGUCAUUUGACUAACGCUAGUUAGCAUUGGCUCGCGAAACUACCUCCAACUUCCUUCUGGACGCAGAGACAUAAAACUAGUUUCCAUGAGUUCAUCUGACUCUGGGGAAGUAGAAAAAGGGCUUCAUUCCCUUAAACAGUGUCAGAGGAGUAGCUUUCUAAAGAAUAAUGAGUCAGACAUAUUUAAAGUGAAACUAUUGCUGUCGCAAGCCACAAUAAUUAGCAUAACAUUUUAAGGACUCAAUGCCAACGAUACACAUUUUAAAUGCUACUGCACUUUAACCAUUCCAGCUACAAAUAUAAAAACAACUUAAAACAUUUCCAAAUCUUUAUAAAUUAUAACUAUUUAAAGUUGCAAACAUUUACAUGAAAACACCCCCAACAGUAUUAGUAACUAUUGAACCCUUCAAGCUACAGACACCAAAUCAAUUACCACGUGUUCAGGAUAUAAAUCAAUCAAUCACUCAAUUAAUCAACAUACUUUUUCAAUUAUAACCAUUCACUACCAUUACUACUGCAGUCACUAUCACUACUAUAACUUAUUUCACAACCAUAAAUACAAGCUAGCAAGCACACACAUUUAAAUUAGGAAAUGUACUUUUUCUAGUUUCUGUGUUCUCAGUUUGUCCUGAGGUAGCCUCCUCUACCUCCUUGGUGUCAGCUGGUGAAGUAUUCAGAGGGCCCUCAGUCAAUAGGGCCCUAGUCUUCAAGAAGUCCUGUCAACCACAGGCUACGCUUACAACAAUCAAACGGGUACUUUCUGUAUUCAAACAUUCUUCUCUAUGUCCGUGUAGUAAAUUUGGCGUUGAAUGGCGUGGCCGCUCAGUCAUCACUGUAUGAGAAUCACGAAGCUUACGAAGCCAUUGAUGGGAAAAAAAGCACACACCAUGGAUCCUGCACUCACACUCAGAAAGACAGCAACCCGUGGUGGAGAGUGGACCUGCUGGAUGUGUACAGAGUAACAGCGGUCACCCUCACCAACAGAGGAGACUGCUGUCCUGAGAGGCUUGAUGGUGCUGAGAUCCGCAUCGGUAACUCACUGGAGGACAACGGCAUCAACAACCCCAGGUGACACAUAUAGACGUCUGUACAUUUUUAUGUCCUGUCUUGAAGGUAUUCCGAUACAUUGGUCUUCAUCCAUGCUUCUGUAGCUAUUCUGUGGCUGUAUAUUUAACAGAGUCAGAAUCUGUAUGGUACAUUGUAGAGCGUCUUAAUUCACUCUCAUUACAUCUCUUUCUCUCUCCAUCUUUCUGACUCUCUCUCUCAGAUGUGUCGUCAUCUCCCACAUCCCAGCAGGAGAGGCCCAUACCUUCCAGUGUAAUGAGAUGGAGGGUCGAUACGUCGUUGUGGUCAUCCCCGGCAGGUCGGAAUGGCUCACUCUGUGUGAGUUGGAAGUAUAUGGUACUCCUGCAGGUAAUCAUCUGUAACUGUCUUCACUGUUCGCAUUCAUCAUCAAGUCAGGUUUACAUUACUUUUAUACACUGAGUGUACAGAACAUUAAGAACACCUGCUCUUUCCAUGACAUAGACUGACCAGGUGAAUCCAGGUGAAAGCCAUGAUCCCUUAUCUGAUGUCACGUGUUAAAUCCACUUCAAUCAGUGUAGUUGAAAGGGAAGAGACAGGUUACAGAAGGAUUGUUAAGCCUUCAGACAAUUGAGACAUGGAUUGUGUAUGUGUGACAUUCAGAGGGUGAAUGGGCAAGACAAAAUAUGUAAGUGCCUUUGAAAGGGGUAUGGUAUUAGGUGCCAGGCACACCGAUUUGUUUCAAGAACUGCAACGCUGCUGGGUUUAUCACGCUCAAUAGUUUCCCGUGUGUAUCAAGAAUGGUCCACCAUCCAAAGGACAUCCAGCCAACUUGACACAACAGUGGGAAACAUUGGAGUCAACAUGGGCCAGCAUCCCUGUGGUACCUUGUAGAGUCCAUGCUCCGAGGAAUUGAAGCUGUCCAGAGGGGAGAAGGGAGUUGGGGGGGGGGGGGUUGGGGGGGGUUCGUAUGAGUUGGGGGGGGGGGGGUUGUGGGUUCGAUUCCCACGGGGGGGCCAGUAUGAAAAAAAUAAAAACAAUGUAUGCACUCACUAACUGUAAGUCGCUCUGGAUAAGAGCGUCUGCUAAAUGACUAAAAUGUAAUCUUUGAUUAACUUUUUUACUGUUCCAUUAGUCACUGGUCAGCAUUCCUGUGCAGAGAGAGACCAGCUACAGACCAGCUACAACAACCUGACUAAAGAGAGAGACCAGCUACAGACCAGCUACAACAACCUGUCUAAAGAGAGAGACCAGCUACAGAGGGAGACAGAAAGGCUGAACAACAAAAUCAAAGGUAACAUUUCAAUUCACUGUACUAUUGGAAAGGACUGUCUGUAUCACAUAAUAUGCAUGUGACAAUUCUAUAUUAUUUUAAGUAAAUGUCAUAACUUUUUUGUUCAUUAGUUAAUUUGAAUCUUUCAAUAGAAUUUCCAUUUUUGUUCCCUUACAUGUUGUAUUUCUACUGACUCUGUAACUAGAAAGUAAUUUUCCAUGCUAAAAAAUUGUGUGACUUGCUUCCGCUCUUUAAAAGUAUGUUUGUGGUAGUUGAAGUUUAAAACAUUUUACUUAAGUGAAGCAGUGAAAUAUAGUCAAAGUUAAAUAUAUUAAAAUAUCUGGUCUUAUUACUUUGAUAGACUAUUAUAUCAACCUUAUUACUUUGGAGUGUGAGGCAGUUAGAUUACAUCUUUCAUCGCUAAUAACUACAUUCCGAAUAAUACACUUUUACUUAUAAAGAAUUAUAAAUAUUUUUGGCUAUUAUUUGGGGAGAGAAAUAUGAUGUUGCUUAGUGGAAGUAGUUUAAACGUUUGUUAGUGGAAGAAUUGAGGCCGGUGUAGUGGCGGGAGUGACUGCUUGAUAAAUAGUUGAUAGUAGCCUUUUGCGGGAGACUAGGUAGUAGUAGUAAGUAGCCCAGAAGAACUAGUAGCAGUACAUUGCAAAAGCAAUAGUGAAUGUUUUAGACAGGUAGGCCAUGGGUCGCUAUUGUAGUUUGGUUAGUGAGUGUAGGUUUUGUUAUAGUGGGUUAGUUUAGUGGGUAGGGGUUAGUUGUGUGACAUAAUCAGUCUUAUGUGCUCCCGCAGUGCUAUAACUUGAUUGGUAGAAUAUAUUUCUGUUCUGAUUUCAGAUUUCAUAUGCUCUAAGUUUUUGUCCAAGUUGUUGGGAAAGUGGUCAACAUUUCAAAUGUUUGUAAAAGUUAAGAGAAAGCAGUUGAUGUGGUUACUAAAACAGCAGUAUCUCAAGGUACAGGUACGCUAGCAUUUGCUACAGUACCUGUAGACUUACAGUCAUUUGACUAACGCUAGUUAGCAUUGGCUCGCGAAACUACCUCCAACUUCCUUCUGGACGCAGAGACAUAAAACUAGUUUCCAUGAGUUCAUCUGACUCUGGGGAAGUAGAAAAAGGGCUUCAUUCCCUUAAACAGUGUCAGAGGAGUAGCUUUCUAAAGAAUAAUGAGUCAGACAUAUUUAAAGUGAAACUAUUGCUGUCGCAAGCCACAAUAAUUAGCAUAACAUUUUAAGGACUCAAUGCCAACGAUACACAUUUUAAAUGCUACUGCACUUUAACCAUUCCAGCUACAAAUAUAAAAACAACUUAAAACAUUUCCAAAUCUUUAUAAAUUAUAACUAUUUAAAGUUGCAAACAUUUACAUGAAAACACCCCCAACAGUAUUAGUAACUAUUGAACACUUCAAGCUACAGACACCAAAUCAAUUACCACGUGUUCAGGAUAUAAAUCAAUCAAUCACUCAAUUAAUCAACAUACUUUUUCAAUUAUAACCAUUCACUACCAUUACUACUGCAGUCACUAUCACUACUAUAACUUAUUUCACAACCAUAAAUACAAGCUAGCAAGCACACACAUUUAAAUUAGGAAAUGUACUUUUUCUAGUUUCUGUGUUCUCAGUUUGUCCUGAGGUAGCCUCCUCUACCUCCUUGGUGUCAGCUGGUGAAGUAUUCAGAGGGCCCUCAGUCAAUAGGGCCCUAGUCUUCAAAAAGUCCUGUCAACCACAGGCUACGCUUACAACAAUCAAACGGGUACUUUCUGUAUUCAAACAUUCUUCUCUAUGUCCGUGUAGUAAAUUUGGCGUUGAAUGGCGUGGCCGCUCAGUCAUCACUGUAUGAGAAUCACGAAGCUUACGAAGCCAUUGAUGGGAAAAAAAGCACACACCAUGGAUCCUGCACUCACACUCAGAAAGACAGCAACCCGUGGUGGAGAGUGGACCUGCUGGAUGUGUACAGAGUAACAGCGGUCACCCUCACCAACAGAGGAGACUGCUGUCCUGAGAGGCUUGAUGGUGCUGAGAUCCGCAUCGGUAACUCACUGGAGGACAACGGCAUCAACAACCCCAGGUGACACAUAUAGACGUCUGUACAUUUUUAUGUCCUGUCUUGAAGGUAUUCCGAUACAUUGGUCUUCAUCCAUGCUUCUGUAGCUAUUCUGUGGCUAUAUAUAUUUAACAGAGUCAGAAUCUGUAUGGUACAUUGUAGAGCGUCUUAAUUCACUCUCAUUACAUCAUCUCUUUCUCUCUCCCUCUUUCUCUCCAUAUCUCUCUCUCCAUCUUUCUGACUCUCUCUCUCAGAUGUGUCGUCAUCUCCCACAUCCCAGCAGGAGAGGCCCAUACCUUCCAGUGUAAUGAGAUAGAGGGUCGAUACGUCGUUGUGGUCAUCCCCGGCAGGUCGGAAUGGCUCACUCUGUGUGAGUUGGAAGUAUAUGGUACUCCUGCAGGUAAUCAUCUGUAACUGUCUUCACUGUUCGCAUUCAUCAUCAAGUCAGGUUUACAUUACUUUUAUACACUGAGUGUACAGAACAUUAAGAACACCUGCUCUUUCCAUGACAUAGACUGACCAGGUGAAUCCAGGUGA